AUGACGGUUUUGAGAGUCAGUAAUGAUGCCAAGUGCUUAUGCUUCCCACUAACGUUAAGCGGUUCCACUGAAGAGUGGUUCAAAAAGUUGGAACUAGGAUCUGUGGACUGCUGGAACGAAUUGCAAGUUAGCUUCCUGAGACAGUUCGUCGCCGCAAGAAAGAUUAAUCUCGAGGUCAGCGCCCUGACUAACAUCAAACAACUACCCGCAGAAACGUUGAAAAUUUUUAUAAAGAGGUUCAAGGAAGAAGCCUCAAAAACCAAGAAAGUUGAUGACAGACAACAACUUGCACUUCUUCAAGCCGGGAUCCGUAUAGGAACCCCGUUCUGGAACGAGUUACAACAAGAAGGAGCUGCUAACCUCCAAGAUUUCCAAAAGAGAGUCCAAAAGUAUAUCAACUUGGAAGAAGCCUAA